AUGAAGUCCACCGGUGUCAUCCUUUUGAUUUGUUUAAUGGUAAUUAACGAUUUCGUCGCUGCAGAAGUGAUGAAUGUGAAAGAACCGCAGGAAAAUAUCAAUCAUACUAGAGCUAAAAGAUUAUCCUGCGAUUUACUGGCCAUUCAAGUAGCAGAAUUAAACGUCGGCGAAACCCUUUGCGCCAAUUUGUGCAAACUCCAAGGCAAAGCCACCGGCUCAUGCGUCGAUCACAAUUGCAGCUGCAAGGAAAUGGCAUAG